CCCUCCUGUGAUUGUAUGAAAACAAAAAGACGUCUCUCCAAUUCCCUGCCUCUUCUGAAAUUAAGCACGAUCCCAUCGCGAGGCCACCUAUGUAGGGACCCCACCGCAGAGCCGAACAAAGGCACGGCUCGCCCAAGGACACACGCAACUCCUCACCCCCCGCCGCGCCACACCGCCACAGACCCCCAUCUCGGCGGGGCGGGGCGGCGGCAGCAGCAGCAGCAGCAGCACCUGGCGGGGCGGGAACCGCCGCCGAGCGGCACCAAGCAGCCGCCUCCGCGCCCAGUCCCGCUCCUCCCCGCCGCGCGGAGUCAGGUGCCGCGGGACGGGCAGUGCGCCUGUGCGGCGGCCGCGGGGCGCCGCGGAGCGGAUCGAAGCGCCGAACCGAGUCGGUGGGGGCCGCCGGCCGGAGGAAGAUGGCGGAGCCGGGGGCGGCGCGGGGCUCCCCGCGAGCGGCAGGUAAGCGCAACGCGGCCCUGCCAGGUGCCCGGGACGGCGGCGCUCUCCUCUCGUCCGCUGCCCGCCUCAACCCGGGGAGCCCCGCGAGCGCCGGCGAGGAUCGCUCCCCUCCUGGCAGCCAUUGAUGGAUUUCUCAAAACUGAUGAAAGACAAAGGCUAGCAAAGGAACGAAGAGAAGAAAGAGAGAAAUACCUUGCUGCUAGGGAGCAGCAGAUACUAGAGAAGGAGAGAAGAGCAAAGCUUCAAUAUGAAAAGCAUGUGGAGGAACGAUGGAGAAGACUGGAGGAACAGAGGCAGAGGGAGGAGCAGAAGAGAGCAGCUGUUGAAGAAAAGCGGAGACAAAAGCUUAAAGAGGAGGAGGAACGUUUAGAAGCCAUGAUGCGUCGGUCCCUUGAACGCAGCCAGCAGCUGGAACAGAAGCAGAAGCGAUGGUCGUGGGGAGGAGCACUGGCUGCAGGCUCAGGAGGGAGAGAUGCAUGUGACAAACUUUCAGCUUCUACAAUGAACCUGCCAAAGCAAAUGGAAUCGCCAAUCAGUAAGCGCCUCUCCUCCUCCACAGCGGCAAUAACACAUUCCCCCGACAGAGCUCACCGCAUGCAUCUUAGUCCCAUGGAAAACUUUAUUGUUUCUCGACUGUUGACUCCUACACAGUCAUCUUUAGCCAGAAGCAGAAGUACCUUAAUGCUUUCUGAGCAGUACAAUAAUCCAGUAUUCCAUAUCUGUCCUCGUGUAGCACCAGCUAGUCCUCUAAAAUCUCCCUACAAGCCUUCCCCCACCCGAAGCACAGACAGGAAGAAGGCGACUUCACCCUCCACUUCUGAUGCCGGGAAAGGGGUGGCUGCAGGUGAAGUGACUCAGACUGAGAAAAUAAAGAAAGAGAAGCGAUCCACCACACCUGGUUCAUCAUCUGGAAUGGGAUCUCCUCUCAGAAGGUCUGAUUCUCCUGCUGCUAUGUCCAGAAGAUCCGCCUCACCUGCCACACCUAAGACAGUUGCAAAGACUUAUCCUCAGUCUCCUAAAAAUGCCAAACAAUAUCCAGCUUCUCCUGUGAAGCAUCGUGCCACUUCUAAUCUCAACCAGGAAACUCCUAAAAAGAAAGCAGAUAAAGAGAAAGAAAACAUCAGUCAUCAAAAAUCCCCAGGAGCACGCACUGACGAGGCAGGCCAGGUGACUUCUGAAAAGCACGUGCCUGCUGCAGGAAAGCCUGAAAGUAGUGAAGGAAAGCUCACGGCAGGAACAACUGAUGCAGAAGAAGCUUCAAAAAUUCUAGCUGAAAAAAGACGACAGGCCCGCCUCCAAAAGGAACAAGAGGAGAGGGAGAGACAGGAGCGAGAAGAACGGGAGAGGCUUGAAAGAGAAGAACAGAAGAGAAAGGCAGAAGAAGAAAGACUUCGUCUUGAAGAAGAGGCUCGUAAGAAAGAGGAGGAAAGAAGACGUGAAGAAGAAGCAGCUAGGAAAAAGGCAGAAGAGGAAGCCAAGAGGAGAGCUGAGGAAGAGCAGAUGCUGAAAGAAAAGCAAGAAAAAGAGCUCCAAGCCAAACUUGAGAAACAGAGGGAAGAAGCAGAAAUCAAAGCCCGUGAGGCAGCUGAGCAACUUCGUCUUGAAAGGGAACAAAUCAUGCAGCAAAUUGAGCAAGAAAGACUGGAGCGGAAGAAGAGAAUAGAUGAAAUAAUGAAGAGAACAAGGAGGAGUGAAACACCAGAAAUAAAGAAGGAAGAGCCAAAACUGGAGAUACCAUCAACUUUGAAUGUGGAAAAGCAACCAAAAGCCCUUGUUCUUAACCAGCCAGAGAUCAAUGGGCUGGCAACUUGCCUGAAAAGUAAAAGCUUAGAGAGUGCUGCUUCUGUAGUACCUUCUCAAGAUGUAGUUGCUAAUGGACUAAAGUCAGUUCCAGGACUUGUUCAGAUGGAAGCGGUAGAUGGGAAAUCUAACAGCAUGGAAGAUUCAACAGAUGAGGUUCAAUCUAUGGAUGUGAGCCCUGUUUCAAAAGAAGAACUUAUCUCUAUCCCUGAAUAUUCACCCAUGAAUGAACUCAUGCCCGGUGUUUCUUUCGACCAAAAUGGGACAAGUAAUGCCAAGGCUCUUGAAGAUCUCUUGGAUUUCACAGGCCCAGCUACUUAUUCCAAGACGUCCAGUGAUACUAUUAGCAUUGAUGACUGUAACAAAAACUUGAUUGAGGGAUUUAACAGUCCAGGACAGGAAAAUACACUUAAUUCAAUCUGUUGACAACCUCGCUUUUCAGCAGAACAGAUAAAGAGGUAGCAGUCUGUGGAGGAUGUAUGUCCUUGUGACACUACUGGCGGUAAAACAUGAACUUGUCACUUGAAAAAGCUUCUGCAGUCCUGAACACUGGAUCUCAAAUAAUCAGAGCUGAACAAAACUUUGUCUUCCCAGGGAAUAUGUCAACUAACUGGCUGCUUUUGGUAGAAAACAGCGAUCUACAACCUCGAUGGUUUCAGGGAAGACUGAGUAUGCAUUAGAAUUCGAGCUUUAGCUGCUGGCGAAGCACUUAUUUUCUUUCUUUUAAUUUAAAAUGCAUCUGAACACUGCACUGUGAUUUUCCUUGUGCGUUUAAUUUUAAGAUCAUUCCUCCUUAAUUUUAUCAUCCAUCCAUUUAGCCAUCUUUUUAUUGUAAAUAGUGAUGAAGUUUGCCCACAGUGCACUGAAAAGAAAUACUACGAUGUACUUUGGUUCUGUGCCUAUCUUUUUUUUGUUUUUAAUAAGGAAUUAUUGGCAACUUUUAUGCAGGCGUAUAAUUCAAAGCUAUAGCUGAAAAGGCUUAAAACUGGAUAAUUAGUGCAAGUGAAAGAACCUUCUUACUGACUGCGGAGUGUGGAGUUACCUUGUAAUGGUGAUGUUGACAGUUUUAGUCACUGGUGGCACUUACUGGUUUAUAUUAAUAGUCCUGGAGUGAUUAUGAAUUAUGUGUUUAAAGACAUACCUGUGUAACACCUGUAAACAAUGCGGGCACAACGCCAAGUAUAAUCCCUUAAUAUAUUAUAGUAUAACUGUAGUAGAUGCAAGUGAGUAUGUCGGGGGGGUCAGGUAACAUGAUAACCUUUGGAGAUGCAGACACUUGUUUAAUACCAGCAGGCUUUCUGUCACGUGCAGAAGUGUUUUGUCUUCCUUACAGGCUCAACAAAACAAGAUACAGUCGGCAGCAAAAUAAUAUAUGAAAGUUGCAGCAGAAAAUACAAAGGCUGGGAGACGCACAGCAAGCACUGCUAGCCUACUUAAUAACCUAUAAGCAUCUGUAUGGGAAAAUCCACAUCGAGCUGUAUCGUGUAGACAUUACGUGCCAUACAGUGUUAACUUUAUUUCUGUUGGUAACCUACGAUAACUAUAUGCUAGAUUAUGUGCUGCUUUGAGGACGCUUUUGUCCAGUUCCUUAUAAAAAUAAAUUAUAAAUACUGCUCUCUUCGGAAACUAACAAAGAAAAAAAGGUGGAAACUUGGCUUGUUUGGUUAUUUUUCUUUUCACACGUAGGGAAGUUCCAAGUGUAGCUUGAGCUCUGUUGUAGACCCAUUCUUGUGCUCUUUGAGGCCAGCAAUGGGGAAGUAACCAAUGAAAUCAUGUGCAAUGUAUAAAGAAAGCAUUCCUACAGCAAUCUGGCUAUUUAUGUUGGUGUACUUCAGAAAAAGUAAUUUCUUUUGACUGUGCAGUAAGCUGUAGCAUGGUACCGUGUCUUCCAAUUUAGUCCUACAUUUAUUUCUUAAAUAAAAAACCAACAAAACAAAACCAAACUGUUUGCUUUGCUGUGGUGCGUUGUGUUUGACGAAUGUCACAUGAUAUUUUAUUAUGGUGUCAUUGUAUAACAUGUAGAUUUCUUUAUUUGCAUGACAUGUAUAGCAUGUACAAAGGUGAAAUACAUUUUCAUGUAUGAAUCUUA